CAGAGCACCUGCACGAAAUGUUCUCCAUUCACGCCCAUUUUUCUUCUACAAGAUGAACAAAGGCUGCGAUCUGUCCGAUCUCCGGCCGCCGGAAUCACCCCUGGACCCAAUGGAACUCCUUUCUCGCUUAUGGAGCUCCUCCGCUCUCCAACUCUCACGAAGGAAUUUAGCGGAAGACUUCGCCGGAGCUUAUGAAACGCCGGCGGCGGCGGCGUCUCCAUGUCUGACCACCGUCUCCGGCAAUCCCUUCUCCUGCGCAUCUUCUUCUACAUCGCAGCUCGUUCUCGAUCGCUUGAUGUCUGAUUUGACUCCUCGGAGCUCCGGCCGUCUAUCUCACAGCAGCGGUCCUCUCAUCGGCGGUUAUCUUACCGACAGCCCCCCACUCUCUCCUUCCGAUUUCAACGAACUAAAGCACAUCCAAACACCACCAUCCCCAAAGAAGCCCCCACAGCUCCGGCCAGCCGGCGGCGGAGGAACGGUGGGGAAAUGGCUGAAAGAACGGCGAGGAAGAAAGAAAGAAGAGGCGCGUUCGCAUAACGCAGAUUUACACGCAGCAAUCUCGUUGGCCGGAGUUGCCUCUGCAGUGGCGGCGGUGGCAGUCGGAACUGCUGCAGCGGCAGGAGAGUUCGGUAGAGACGAGACGGAGGGGGCGGUGGCGUCGGCGGGACUCAUUGACACCCAGCUUAUGCAGGCGGCGAAGGCCGCCGGAGCCGACCGCGAACAACUUUCCGCCGCCGUUGGAUCAGCUGUUAGGGUUCGUGAUUCCGGCGAUAUUGUCACUUUGACGGCGGCUGCAGCUACUGCAUUGAGAGGGGCAGCAACACUCAAGGCAAGGUCUUUAAGAGAGGUGUGGAACAUUGCAGCAGUGAUUCCUGAAGAGAAAGGUGGAGUCAGCUCUCGGUUCGGCCACCACCUCCGGCAACAGCACGAGCUUAACAGCCCUGCGACGGCUGCCAAAGAUGGCAAUGGUGGUGUGGGAUCGAACUAUAAGGAGAACUUCUUAGGCAUCUGCAGCCAGGAAGUUCUCAGCCGAGGUGCCGAGCUGCUCAAAAGAACCAGGAAAGGUAAUCUUCACUGGAAAAUUGUCUCAGUUUACAUCAGUAAGAUGGGUCAGGUGAUAUUAAAGAUGAAAAGCAAGCACAUUGCUGGAACAAUCACAAAGAAUAAAAGGAGUGUAGUGAUAGAGGUUUGCAGGGAGGUGCCGGAGUGGUCGGGCCGGAACAUACUUGAUGGAGUAGAGCGGCGGCGCCACUUCGGCUUGCGAGUCGCACAAGGCCGUGUUAUAGAGUUUGAGUGCAAAACCGAGAGAGAGCACGAGAUAUGGACGGAGGGCAUCGCUCACCUGCUUGAGAUAUCGAGAGAACGAAGGAGUCGCCUGGCCUUGCUGAACAAAUAAGUUCAGGUAGAUUUGUACAUCUCACCUUGCAAGCCAUGAGCAUCUGUUUGUAAAUUCAAAUUUGAUGAAAAUGUUUGUUAUUAGUAUAUAUUUGCAUGAAAAUGUCUUUCAUGUUUUG